GUACCUUCUCUCAUCAGAGCUUUCAGCUAUUGGAUUUGUCUUCCUUCUCAGCUCGUAACCAUUGUUGUUUUCUUGUUUUGUGCAGAAUUAUUUUUUCACAGCUGAUUCGAAAAAGCCUAAGUUUCCAAUAUGAGUAAGCUUCAGAGUGAUGCUCUAAGAGAAGCUAUCUCAGGAAUCAUGGCUGAUUCCAAGGAGAAAAAUCGUAAAUUUGUUGAAACCAUUGAACUCCAGAUUGGGCUGAAAAACUAUGAUCCACAGAAGGAUAAGCGUUUUAGUGGCUCUGUCAAGUUGCCCCACAUCCCUCGCCCCAAAAUGAAAAUUUGCAUGCUCGGUGAUGCUCAACACGUUGAGGAGGCAGAGAAGAUAGGAUUGGACUACAUGGAUGUUGAAGCUUUGAAAAAGCUCAACAAAAAUAAGAAGCUGGUAAAAAAACUGGCUAAAAAAUACCAUGCCUUUUUAGCUUCUGAGGCAGUCAUAAAGCAGAUUCCCCGUCUUUUGGGUCCUGGUCUCAACAAGGCAGGGAAGUUUCCUACACUUGUCACUCACCAAGAAUCUCUUGAGUCAAAGGUUAAUGAGACUAAGGCCAUGGUAAAAUUUCAGCUAAAGAAGGUGCUCUGCAUGGGAGUAGCAGUGGGCAAUGUUAGCAUGGAAGAAAAGCAAAUCUUCCAAAAUGUGCAACUGAGCGUUAACUUCCUUGUCAGUUUGUUGAAAAAGAACUGGCAAAAUGUUAGAUGCUUGUAUCUGAAGAGCACCAUGGGGAAAUCUUACCGUGUAUUUUGAGGAAAUUUUUUUUCUUUCCAGUUCAGUGAAUUUGUAAUCGCGCUUAAUACAUUACCUUAAUAGCUGGAUAGGAAUUUUCUUCUUGUUACAGUUUUGUUGGAUGAUUUUUAUGAUUAGUGUUCCGUGAUCUUCUUCUUUAAACGUUGGACAAUAUAGGCGUGCUAUUUUCGGGCUACCCGUCUUUACUUGCUAAUUGCUAUAAUAACUCCUUGCCUACUGCUU